CGUCACUGUUGGACAUGCGUUACACGUUAGGGUGAAAGGGAACCCGUUUGGAGUACCUGUUGAGAUACAAGCUGGCGUCUAAAAAGUUAUAGCUUCCUCGACUGAAGUCAAUAUUUAACAGUGGAGCGCUUCCCUCCUCGUCCCAGGAUGUUAAGAUUACGUUGGUAACUGCGGACAGAGAUCCAGACCAGGGGUCCAAGAUCACAGGAUGUCGCGCUAUCGAGUGCGCAACUUGUUCAAAUUCAGAACAAAAAGUACCACAGAUUUGUCUGAAUGGAACAAGAAUGAUGAGAAGCUGCUGAAAACGGUGGAGUCCGGUGAUGUCAAGAAGGCGACCAGUAUACUCAACAAGAAAACUCUCAACCCUACCAAACUCGGGCCUAAGGGACACUCAGUCCUACAUAUUGCAUGUGCCGUAGGCAAUGACCAGAUAGUUGAACUCCUGCUGAAGUAUAGUGAUGAUGUCAACGACCUCACGAUACAAGGCAACACAGCUCUCCAGCUUGCAGCAGCCAAGGGACACAGCACAGUGGUGCAGAGACUGCUGCUGGCUGGCGCUGACGUGGACAUGCGAGACAGCAAUGACAUGACAGCCCUCCAUCACACAUGUGCAGGCGUCCAUUUUGAAUGUGUUCAAGUUCUCCUCAAUGGCAACGCCAGUCCCAGAAUUAAAGAGAAGACUGGGAAAACUCCUCUUUUCUUCGCAUCUCAUCGUGGAGAUAUGGCCACGUGUAAAUGGCUGGUGGAUAAGGGAGCUGAAGUUAAUGCUCAGGACAUGCAUCGCAUGACCUCACUGAUGCUGGCAGCCAAGGAGGGCCACGCGGAAGUCUGUCAGUUCCUGCUGAAGAAGGGAGCAAACCCGGACCAUCGAGAUGUGGAGGGCAACAAUGCAUUAGCGUAUGCUCUCAUCAGUGGCCAUAAUGACCUGAAAGAAGUAUUUGCCCGUGCCCCAACUCGAGCAUCAUGGGAUGUACAUGCAAACAAUGUUACCUCCCCUAAUGAACCACCAGGCGGUGCUUCAACAAGUCCUGUUCCGGAACCAGAGCCUGCACCAGUGGCUCCUCAUCAGGUUGACAUUGUAGGCGAGUUUGACGCCAGCGAGUCCCCUGCCAUCCCUCGCCGAGAAGUUCAAACAGACUACGAGACAGACGAUGAAGCUAUAAAGGAUCCAUUGAGGAAGACACAAUCGUUGGACGCAGGACGCCUGUCAGGCGAGCAAGACUCAGUGACUGACGGGAAACCAAUGGCUGAUCAGAAGACGUUACAGGCUUUCAAGGAAUUGGAAGAAGAGCAUGAGCAGCUGAAUGAGGACUACCACAACCUGACUGUUGAGAACAGGAAGCUGUAUGACAAGAUUGACGCACUCAAACACAAGAUGGCUGCCAUCUCACAGCAGGGGCAGACGGAAAUUCCCCAGGAAAUUGAAGAUGAGCUGAACAACUUAAAAAAUAUUCUGCGCAAAGAACAAGAGAAGAACCAAGAACUUGUUGACCUGAACCAGAACCUAUCACUACACAACCGGAGUCUGUCUGAAGAAAAUGAAUCCCUGUCUGUACAGAACAAGUCCUUGUCCGACCAUAAUGCCAGCAGAGGGAGUGAGUCCAGGAUGAGGGAGGGUGAGGCCAUCCCAGGAGACAGUUGGGGAGACAGUGAUGAGGAACUGUUUGACUCGCCAACCCGCAGACGACGUAAUCGCUCAUCUCCAGAUGACAAGCAGAUGUUGGUUUUGCUUCGCUCUCAGAUCUUGACUCUUACACAGGAGAAUGACCAUCUCAAGGAAAAAAUGCAGAGUCUUCCCAAUGGAUACAGAGAGCCUUCACCCUACUUGUUCCAGACAACCAAGUCGGAGCCAGGCGAGAUGAAGCCGGACAAGUCAGUGCAGUUCGAUGAGCUUCAGCAAGCAGUGCUUCGAUUGGAGGCUGAGAAGGCAGACAUGCAGAAAGAGAUUCUAAUGUUCAAGGAGAAGUCUGAGUUUCAACUUCUGAAUGGAGCCGUUAAUCAGGAGGAGCUGAUGGUGGAGAACAAGCGACUCAGCAAGGAGCUUGAAGACAUGCGGGUGAAGGAAGAGGAUGGGAAGCUGGAGCCAAAGGUGGAGCCAGAGUUGGAGCCAGAGUUAAACAGGGCAGACAAGAUUCAGGAUGAUGGAGAUGGAGGAAGUCCUCAACCCAAGGAGAAGGAAGAUGAUCAAAUUGAGGAAAAGGAAAGGUCCUCGGUGAAGGAGGAGGAGGAUCAUUCGAGGAUGGAGGGUUUAGAGAAGCAGAACGAACAGCUUCAGGAUCAGUGUGCAGUGUUGACUGAUGAGUUGGAGAAGCUUCGGGAGACAUUUGAUGCAAUAUUGAAAGCUGGGGAUGAUCUUCAGGCAGACUUUGACCAGCUUCAGACUGACAAGGAGCAGCUGCAGAUGGAGUUUGAGAGGGUGAUACAAGAGAAAGAUGAACUUGUGAAGGAAAAUGAGUUCCUGUUGUCUGAUGGUAAUGCUCUUCACGAGGACCUGAAAAAGCUGGUGCACGAGCUGGAGAAGAUGCAGGAGAAGUACAAGAAGGUUGUGAAGGAGAAGGAGGACCUGGAGAGGAAGACGUGUGCAAUUAAUUUAUCAGGGAAGGUUGGGGAGUUUACUAAGUUGCUGGAAGAGAGAGAUAAGUUGGUGGUGAAGAACGAGGAGCUGGAGGCGACGUCGUCACGGUUGCAGCACGACCAGGAGAUCCUGCUGGAGGAGGUCCAGAGCAUGCAGGAGCAGAUCAAGAUGAUGGAGACGGAGAGAGAUCAGCUUCAAGCUGAGGUGGAGGAAAUUGAGGGAGUGUUACAGCAACACGACAUCCUGCAACAGGACUACAGUCAGCUGGAACAGGACUACACCGAGCUUCUGAAGGACAAGGAGAAGCUUGAGCAGGACCUGAUGGACAGUCAGACAGAGGACCUCAAGAUAGAUGAGGCACCCGAAGACCAUGCUGAGUUGGUGAAGGAGAAUGAUGCCUUGGUAGCUGAGAAGGAACAGCUUCAAAAGACUGUGAGUGAACUGUGUAAGGCAAAUACUACCCUGGAGGAAGACCUGAAGCUUGUGCAUGUGGAACUGAAACAAGUGCAGAUGGAAUUGGAACAGGUUCAGACUGAUCUGGAACAUUCCAAGAAACGCCUUGAGUCUGGUUCUCUCACGAAUGGGGAGACAGGGACAAAGAAAGCAAUUGUGAAGUCUGAGAGUGAUAGCAAACCAGAAAGGUCGCUCAAGAUCAAGUCACUGCAGACGCAGAUUUCCCAUCUGCAGCAACAGUUAGCUGAAUUUGACCGGCAGCAUCAGGAUAUUGUCAGUGUCUACCGAACUCAUCUUAUUAGUGCUGUACAGGGUCACAUGGAUCCCGAUGUGAAACAAGCCUUGCACCAAAUCAUUGAACUACGCAGUAUGGAACAGUUCUGUUGACAGCUGUCAUCAGAGUUGAGACAUCACCGCACCUGUAAUGUGAUAUUGUAUUACACCACACCAAGUGAUUGGUAUCAUAGAUAAUUUAUGGAAAUAGUGUCUGUAUGUGAAAGCCAUUCAAUAUAUUUCAUUUUUAAAGUUUGCGUGACGACAAAUGUUAAAGUGAAGAAUGAAUCUAUUGAACAGAAGACAUGCUGAAGUGAAGUACCGGUAUUGAAUCUAUUGAAUUCUUGUCGGAAAUAAACUUAGCAGUUUGACAUGGAGGGCCAUUGUUAAAACAAAGUGUUAUUAUAUAACCAUUGUUAAACUACAUGAAUGUGUGUUCCAUUCAUUUGAUCAAAGUUUGAAGAAUAUCAGAUAUUUAUAUUAACAAUUGAUGUCCGAUUGUCAGCACUGCUUUUAGUAUUAUGCUCAAGAUUUGAAAUACAAUUUUGGGGUAACAAGAAUAUUUCUCCACAACCGUUCUUACCGUGUUUAAUAGUUUUCCAUUUUCUACUUUGCUCUGUAUCUUAAGGUUAUUUAGAUGUUUAUAGAUUUUAGAUAUUGUUGGUUAGUUUCCUGUUUCUAUCAUUCAGCACUUUUGCAUCAACGUUUUAAGAUGUUUUACACACAAUGUUAAGUUUGAAUCGUGAAAAGGGAACUUUUACAAACAAAAAAGCUACAUUUUUAUUCAUAUGUUUCCUCUGUGUCAAAACGUGUAUUUUUAACCCAAAGCUGCAAUAUAUUAUGUACAUAGGUACUAUGUAGCAAACUAGAAAUGAUCAAGAAUAAAUUACCGUGAAAAUUAGAAUAUUUAUUUUAAUAAUUCCUCUUAAAUAAUGAAGGUAGAACAAUGGCAAUAAUAGAAUUUAUGGAAUUGAUAAUUCCGGUCAUCGAAGUUGGUCCAAAUGAUAAUAGAUUUAUAAAUGAUAACCCUCACAGUGUCUCUUAUACAUGUAGAUUGGGUGCUAGAUAUAUCAUAUUAUUACUUGUGUUUUAUCAAAUUCUGUUGUUUUAUAACUGGUAUCACAUGUGUUUGUUCAACUUGAAUAUACCUCAAACUUUUCUGAGUAUUUUCUGUCACAGGAUGUAACAUAUUCUGUGCUGUUUUGCUAUAGCCUCAUGCCAGUAAAACCUAAGCUUGUAUUAGAAGUGCCUAGUUCAGUCUUUAGACUUAGCACUCAAGUAGCAAGCUGAAAAUAAACACCAUCAGGCAAUGAUGAAUAGUGCUGGAAGACAGAUAAUUGUUUUCAGUAUGAAGAAAAUGGAUUUUGAGUGUAAAUAAAAUGCAUCUAUUAUUUCCCUUAAAACUGGCUUUGCUUCCAUGUAGUGUCUUUGGUAAUUACAAAGAAUUGAGAAUGUUCUUCUUCAGCCUUAUGUUGCAAUAUUGGUCUUGAAGGCAGAGACUCUCUAUAAUACUGUAAUAUGACAUCUGUAACGAGGUGUGUAGGUAGAUAGAUAUUUUCCCAAAUAGAGUGGUUUGGGGCCUGUCUUCCCGUUAUUGUUUACAACUUUGUGUCAACAGCUACCAAUGUUUAAGUGGUUGUAGGGUAGCCAGGUAGCCAGUGCUCCCCUUGACAUGAACCUGAUCCAGGUUUUGUUCCCACAGGAGUUAAGUAUGUACCCUCCAUUGCUAUCACUAGAAUAUGAAGCAAGAAAGCUCAUGUAUCAGAAGUCAGUCACAGUGUGUGUGGAAUAUUGGAGGAUGCAGAUGGAGUAAUCUAUCGGCACUAUUAGAUUCUUGCAUCCUUUGAGAAGGAGCCAUCAUGUCAGUGUUUUGGUGUUCAUGGACACCGGUAAUACACCAAUACCUGUUCACUGAUCUUUCAGCUCCUAUUUGUUGAUGCCUUCAGUAUAGUAUGAUUUAUGGCAAAGCAAACUAAAUGCAUGAACUUGAGAAAAUAUUAUUUUUAAUUUGUUUGUAAUUAAAUAAUGUUUUGCUUGUACGUAUGUUAAAAACUAUGAAGGGAGUCUUUCCCAAAUGUAUGCAGUUAUGUUAUUCGUUUAUAUAUGAUGGGGUAUAACUUUAGUAUCACUUGAAAGUUUUUGUCUCAGAUUUUAACAUUAUACACUGUUUAUCAUUUAUAUGAUGUGUUGUUUAGAAAGAAUUUUUGUAUGAAUUCAAUCAUUUAAACAUUCCAAGUCUCCAUCAUGCCAUCGUUGCAAUGUCCAAAAAUCAAAAGUAUAUAUAUGUCAUGUCAUACUCAUUUGAAAAUAUUGUGUUUACAAAUUUAUGAGAAUAUGUGUCAGAGGGUAGACAGAUGGCAUCAAAAGAUCCAUAGAUGGAUCACAUUUGAACUGAAGAAGAGGACGACUCUGUACAUCAUUGCUAACAGCUUCCAUUGGUUUGUACAUGCACUACAGCAAGGCCAUGCAAGGUUCCUUCCCAUGUAGUGCAUUUUAUACCAUCAACGUUGUAUUUGUGAUGCAUUGCAUACCAUAAAGUUUGUAUUUGUGAUGCAUUGCAUACCAUCAAGGUCGUAUCUGUGAUGCAUAUAUACCUUCAAGGUCAUAUCUGUGAUGCAUAUAUACCUUCAAGGUUGUAUCUGUGAUGCAUAUAUACCUUCAAGGUUGUAUCUGUGAUGCAUAUAUAUCAUCAAGGUCAUAUCUGUGAUGCAUAUAUACCUUCAAAGUUGUAUCUGUGAUGCAUAUAUACCAUCAAGGUCAUAUCUGUGAUGCAUUGCAUACCAUCAAGGUCAUAUCUGUGAUGCAUUGCAUACCAUCAAGGUCAUAUCUGUGUUGCAUAUAUACCUUCAAGGUUGUAUCUCUGAUGCAUAUAUACCAUCAAGGUCAUAUCUGUGUUGCAUAUAUACCUUCAAGGUUGUAUCUCUGAUGCAUAUAUACCAUCAAGGUCGUAUUUGUGAUGCAUUGCAUACCAUCAAGGUCAUAUCUGUGAUGCAUUGCAUACCAUCAAGGUCGUAUUUGUGAUGCAUUGCAUACCAUCAAGGUCAUAUCUGUGAUGCAUUGCAUACCAUCAAGGUCGUAUUUGUGAUGCAUAUAUACCAUCAAGGUCAUAUCUGUGAUGCAUUGCAUACCAUCAAGGUCGUAUUUGUGAUGUAUUGCAUACCAUCAAGGUUGUAUCUGUGAUGCAUAUAUACCAUCAAGGUCGUAUUUGUGAUGCAUUGCAUACCAUCAAGGUCGUAUCUGUGAUGUAUUGCAUACCAUCAAGGUUGUAUCUGUGAUGCAUAUAUACCAUCAAGGUCGUAUUUGUGAUGCAUUGCAUACCAUCAAGGUCGUAUCUGUGAUGCAUUGCAUACCGUCAAGGUCGUAUUUGUGAUGCAUUGCAUACCAUCAAGGUCGUAUUUGUGAUGCAUUGCAUACCAUCAAGGUCGUAUCUGUGAUGCAUAUAUACCAUCAAGGUCGUAUUUGUGAUGCAUUGCAUACCAUCAAGGUCGUAUUUGUGAUGCAUUGCAUACCAUCAAGGUCGUAUUUGUGAUGCAUAUAUACCAUCAAGGUCAUAUCUGUGAUGCAUUGCAUACCAUCAAGGUCGUAUUUGUGAUGUAUUGCAUACCAUCAAGGUUGUAUCUGUGAUGCAUAUAUACCAUCAAGGUCGUAUUUGUGAUGCAUUGCAUACCAUCAAGGUCGUAUCUGUGAUGUAUUGCAUACCAUCAAGGUUGUAUCUGUGAUGCAUAUAUACCAUCAAGGUCGUAUUUGUGAUGCAUUGCAUACCAUCAAGGUCGUAUCUGUGAUGCAUAUAUACCAUCAAGGUUGUUUCUGUGAUGCAUUGCAUACCAUCAAGGUCGUAUCUGUGAUGCAUUGCAUACCAUCAAGGUCAUAUCUGUGAUGCAUUGCAUACCAUCAAGGUUGUAUUUGUGAUGUAUUGCAUACCAUCAAGGUUGUAUCUGUGAUGCAUAUAUACCAUCAAGGUCGUAUUUGUGAUGCAUUGCAUACCAUCAAGGUCGUAUCUGUGAUGUAUUGCAUACCAUCAAGGUUGUAUCUGUGAUGCAUAUAUACCAUCAAGGUCGUAUUUGUGAUGCAUUGCAUACCAUCAAGGUCGUAUCUGUGAUGCAUAUAUACCAUCAAGGUUGUUUCUGUGAUGCAUUGCAUACCAUCAAGGUCGUAUCUGUGAUGCAUUGCAUACCAUCAAGGUCGUAUCUGUGAUGCAUAUGUACCAUCAAGGUCGUAUCUGUGAUGCAUUGCAUACCAUCAAGGUCGUAUUUGUGAUGUAUUGCAUACCAUCAAGGUUGUAUCUGUGAUGCAUUGCAUACCAUCAAGGUCGUAUUUGUGAUGCAUUGCAUACCAUCAAGGUCGUAUCUGUGAUGUAUUGCAUACCAUCAAGGUUGUAUCUGUGAUGCAUAUAUACCAUCAAGGUCGUAUUUGUGAUGCAUUGCAUACCAUCAAGGUCGUAUCUGUGAUGCAUAUAUACCAUCAAGGUUGUUUCUGUGAUGCAUUGCAUACCAUCAAGGUCGUAUCUGUGAUGCAUUGCAUACCAUCAAGGUCGUAUCUGUGAUGCAUAUGUACCAUCAAGGUCGUAUCUGUGAUGCAUUGCAUACCAUCAAGGUCGUAUUUGUGAUGUAUUGCAUACCAUCAAGGUUGUAUCUGUGAUGCAUUGCAUACCAUCAAGGUCGUAUCUGUGAUGCAUAUAUACCAUCAAGGUUGUAUCUGUGAUGCAUUGCAUACCGUAAAGGGUUGUAUCUGUGUGAUGAAAUGCAUACCAUCAAGGUCACAUCUGUGAUGCAUAUGUACCAUCAAGGUCAUAUCUGUGAUGCAUUGCAUACCGUCAAGGGUCGUAUCAUCAAAGUUCAUGUCUCUGUGAUGCAUUGCAUACCACCAUGUUCUUUCCCAUGUUAAAGUGCACACUAUAAAGUUUCCUCCCUAUUUUACACCUCACCAGACAUGUUGUCAUCUAUGCAUUUUGAUACUGGGCUACAAUGUAUGUAGAAACUGAGAUUUACCAAAGAGUUUUGAUUUAAAUGUCAUGAUUGAGAUUCAGUGCUAAGAUGAUACUGUAUGUCCUAGGGAUUUCCCUACUUUAAUGUUUGGAUAUCAAUCAAUAUUGAACAAACAACAUUCCAUAAAUGUUAAUUUUGCUAAAAUGUUUGUCUACCAGCGUGUAUGACAGCACAACAUAAUAUAUCCUGAUGUCCUCUAAGUACCAGAGAAUCCACGCCAUUACAUCCUGACAAUAAGUUAUGCUGCAUGAAAAUUUGCAAGAAUUCUUAGCACUAUCUGGAUUGUUAUUAACAGAAGUAUUUAUCCAUGCAUGGUCGUAAGUUCUAUAUAUACUCAAUAUUUCCAUGUAAACAUUUAUUUGCAGAAUAUGUAGUUGUAAAAAAUAGAAUUUGAGUGAUAGGCCGAUGUCACUUCAGAUAAAUACUAAUCUUCAUCGCUGGCAGUGACUACUGGUACCCUAGGAGUGCUGUAAUAGGCUUGAAGUACUCUUUGUUGUGAGAAGCAGGUGCCUGUUUCACAGUGUCCAUCAUCGGCCUGUGCCUUCAGUGUAUUGGAUGACAUCACUAAUACUUCACACACUGACAAUGGUUUAUGGAGUUUGAGAUUACAAAGAUGUCGGUGACAGGGAGUGUACUUUAUGACUUAUUUUUGGUCAGUCUCAUUUUACAGCCAUCAAUCGUGUUUGUUAUAACUGGAUCAUCAAGUGAAAAUAGUAUUGUUGUUGGUAAUAUUCGUCAAAUUUUCUAAGAAGUUUUCAAAUGAAUUAUCGACUUCUCAUGUGACAUUCUUUUCAUAAUCUCAGCCAAUCUCAGAGAGUCCCAGGCGGUUAUUUGUUGAAUGUUAUUUUCAAUGCAUGUUGCAUUUAGUAGAAGUCCUGAUUUUUAUUAUUAUUAUUGAACAAAGCUGAAAAAAAAGAGAGUUAGGAAUCAUGAAUAUUUUGGGGGAUAUAUUUUGUAGUGACAAAUGAGCACAUAAUUUCCUAAAAAUAUUCCCCAAAAUAUUCAUAAUCCCUCACCUUUUUUUGUUCAGUAUAUAAAUAUAUAUAUAUGUAUGAAUCAUGAAGAAAUUCUCUAGAAUUUGAAACUGCCAGAAUCUGUAUGAGCGUGAUGGUCAGUAUUGAUACUCCGCAUGUCAUGAACAUGCAUCUAACACAACAUAUAUUUAAUGCCCAAGAAGUUCAUGAGGUUUCAGUGUAUAAUAACAAUGGACAAUAAUCUGUUUCUGUCUGAAUACAUACAUUACCCACCGGCAGUCUUUUACGUGUGUUCACUUCAGAUUGAAGUACCAAACUAUAUUUGGUAUCUAUACUUAAGCUUGAUAAGGGACAGACAAUAUAUGAUUGCUCUGACACAAGUAAGGUCAUGCAUAGUCAGCUUUUCAUUAGUGCUUGACAGUUAUUACAAAGCAGUAUUGAUAAUGUUCAUAAUAGUUUGGCAAUAGUGUAAUUAACCCAUCUUCAGCAGUACACAGUUGUAACCACCCCACGUUUACAGAGCUUCGAGCUACUGACAUGGACAAUGUAUUAAAGGCUGUGACACCUUUUUCAUAAGAGGUCUGCCGUAAGAGGCAACUAUGCUUGUCGUAAAAGGCGACUAACGGGAUCGGGUGGUCAGGCUCGCUGACUUGGUUGAUGCAUGUCAUCGAUCCCAAUUGCGUAGAUCGAUGCUCAUGAUAUCAAUCACUGGAUUGUCUAGUCCAGACUCCAUUAUUUACAGACCGCCGUCAUAUAGCUGGAAUAUUGCUGAGUGCGGCGUUAAACAACAAACCAACCAACCAAACCAAUCAUAAGAGGUCAUUAUAAGCUCAACAUUUCCAGACCAAUGUAACAUGAGACAAAAUUUGUCAGCCAAGUUCCCUUCUUGUGUACUGUGUAAAAAAGUGAUGCCCAAGUGGGUUUCAGUUGACAAAUAUGGCAAACUGUACGAUAUAUGAUACGAUCAAAUCCUUUGUACAUGAUUUGUGACACCAUGAAGCCGGCACUAAGUUUGGGAUUACACAAAACAGAAAUUAAUCCAUUUUUUCAAGGACAUACAGGCUCAACAUUGUAGUUUUUGGCUUUAUAACCUAUCUAGUAACAUGAUAAAUUUGCUAUAGAUAUACCAUACAGUGACAUCACAAAGUCUGCUGACUGUUCAUAAGUGUUUAAGGUGCGCACAGUAAUAUUUGUAGGGGAAAAUGACUGCAGCUAACCCAAAUAGCAUCACCCUUGUUUGAUGGAGUUGUUGACUAAACAAAGCACCACCAGAGUGAAGUGGACCAACAUUUAAAAAUGUGCUGAAAAGACAUAUGCUAUUGCUUAUAUCCUGUGAAGUUAGGUAUAUUUUAGUUUUGUAUUUAGUUAUCUUUUCAUGGAUGCAUGUUACAUUUAGUCGUUGUACAUGACUGCAGAAGCAUUGAAAUGUUGAAGUCCUCAUGUCUGAUUUCAGCUGAGUACUGUACACAGUUUCUUCACAACUGUGUGGCGAGACGGACAGCUGAGGUGUCUGUGAUUUGUUGUAGGCAUAAUUGGCUUGAGAAGUGUACAAUAAUUUAGACUGAAGUCCUAAAAUGUAAUCUUGCCUUAAUCUUAUCUGUGAAAAUCAAAUGUUCUGAUUGUAGUUAGACAUUGCCUGCUGAGUACACCAAGUAGGAUCUGUGAUAUGGUUACACAUUACCGAUAUUUGUGAAGACGUUGCAGGAAACGAAUUUGGCAAACAUGUGAUGCAAUUAACUGCAUAAUUUGAGGAGUUGUAUUAUAAUGUCUAAGCUGUGAAUAAGUCACUAAGUACCGGUAUCAUCAUUUUCUGGUUAUUGUUGACAAAGGUGCACAGUCUGUACCAACAGCCAGCCAAGCUGUGUUAAUCAAACAUAAAAAAACAUACACAACCUUGUCAAAUACUUUAUUUGCAGUUUUUUGCAAAUUCAUUUUGAUACGCCACAGGUAACAAACUGGCUGAAAUAUUAAUCAUAUAUUUCAUACAAUAUCAUCUGAACCAUUAUAUUGUCACUCCAUGAACUCUUAUAUGUAUAUAUAUUGUCAUGGGAUUCAUUUCAUCAUUAACAUUAUGAUAAUUUUCUUGUGAGAAUUGUUCCCAAGCAUCACGCUUGAGUUGAUUUGCACAGAUCUUGAUCAAUUAAAUCAAAUUACUGAAUUUACUUAUAAAUGAUUUUUGAGUUGAUUCCUUAGGAAAUUAAUCAAAAAUUAUUUCCACAUACAAGGAUUGAGUCUUAUGGCAACAUAGACACCAGCAUUUUAUAUUUAUAAACAUACAUAUAUAUAUACAUAUCGCAUCUUGGAGUAACCUCAGACAUAUGCUCAUAUACUUAUUUGAACAAAGAAUAAAUUAUCAUGUGUC